CAAAAGAAAAAUGUAAUUCGAGAGAAAUCGAAGUUAAGCAAAAAGAAGUUAUAACAAUCGAAGAAGAACUGAGAAAGAAAUUAGAAAACGAAUUUUCGGAAGAGAAAAUUUUUGGAACAUGUAAGAAAAUCGCCGAAUUAAAUUUUCAAUUAGAACAAUCACGAUACGAAGAAACCCAAAAUUUUGAUGAAACUAACCAAGGAUUUCCUCCAAACGAUUACUAA